CUAAAGCAAACGAUUCCUUCAGGUGUUACAGGUCUGCAGGCCUCUGUUAGGUAGGUAGGUAGGUAAGGUUUACAGAAAUAAGGAAGCUGCCAUGUAAAAGUUAACAGCAGGACUGAGACAUGUACAGCCUGUAGCUCUGUAGGAAUCUUGUGGUGCCAGAUACAGAUACAGAUCAACUACGUUAAAACUGGUGUCGCAUGGUCGCUUAUGCUUCAUCGAGCAGCUCGACUCAUGUAAUCUUCUUUACGAGACCGAGAACGUGAUUUAAUGUGUAAAUAGUUUAGCAGUAUUUGUAUAGAUGCGCUGUAAAUAAACAACAGCAGAGAGACGCUCAGCAGUCUGCGCCGCCAUCGUCGCCUCCCAGCGCCGCUUUCUCCUCCUGUGCUUGAAAAAGGCAAACAAACCAGUCAGACCACUCCAGUCCAGAACAGACCAGACAUGGCACAUGAUCGGACGCUUGGGGAAAAUGACGAAGUUCAUUCAUCCGAUUUUGGGUCGUUUGAAGACCACGGGCGUAAUAUCCCGAAAAGACACGCGCGGGUCACCGUGAAGUACAACAGGAAGGAGCUGCAGAGGCGUCUGGACGUGGAGAAGUGGAUCGACGAGAGCCUGGACCGGCUGUACUCGGGUCAGGAGGGUGACAUGCCAGAGGAGGUGAACAUUGAUGACUUGAUUGACCUGCCUACCGUUGACGAGAGAGUCAAAAAGUUACAGGAACUUCUGUCUAAGUGCAGGAAGAGCACAGAGACCUUCAUCAGAGAGCUGGUGGGGAAGCUGGAGGGAGUUCACAAGCAGGAAGAGCUGCAGAGCGAAGGCAUCGAGCAUCCUGUCAUCUGUCACAGCCACCACCGCCACGAGCCCUACCACUUCAACAACCCACACCAACACCACCACACUCAAGGCCAAAACCAGACCCUUUGACAGCCUCCCAACACACACACAGACACAGACACACGAGAAGAUCAAUACCACUCUCAUAUCUGUCUCUUAAAGGUUCCCUGUGAAGUUUUUCACCACUAGUAGCUCUAUGAAGCCAUGUUUUUACGUGUGGGUCCCUGUUGUUGUGCACAUGCACCAUGGAAGCACACGCAUGUGCAUGCAGGUAAUGUGUGAUAUAUUCAUGUCUUGCUGAGUCUCUCUUGCUAGUCAUUUUCUGUGAUAACAAGACUUGAGGAAGUUAGUGCUCCCAGCCAAACAAUAGUCCAGCACAUUACCCCCUGUAAAACCACAGCUUGUUGUUUAACAAGAUAUCACAUGUUUGUUAGUGAGCUUAGAGGUGCUGGUAGGUGAAUUUUGCUUCCCGUGGACAGAGCCAGGUUCACUAUUUCCCAGUGCUUGCACAUGUUAUGCUAAGCCAACUGUAGCCUUAUAUUUAAGGGACAGAUAUUUGAAUGGUGUCAGUCUCCUCAUCUAAGUCUUAGCAAUAAGGCAAUGUUUAAUAAGCCUGUUUACCAAAUUUUCAAACUCCCUUUAAGCAUUUAUUAAAAAAUAGACACUGACAUUUCUUAUCUGUGGAUAAUUGGCCAAUGAUAAGACAUUAAUCAUUAAUGUAAGAGCAAGGUCUUGACUCUUAACGUGCCUUUUAGCACCGGCAGUAAUCACACAGGAAGAAAUACAUCAUAUUUUUCCACUGACAGUUUUCCCAGAAGACCCAGGAUUUAUUUACAGCAUCAAAACAUGAGACUCUCACUUUUACUUGACUGGAAAAAUUUGUCACUAUGUUGCUCCUACUGCUAUUAUCACACAUAGUUGGAUGCAUCAGUUUGUGGCACUAGCUAAGUAUCUGAUGAAAGUAAAGAGUAGCAAUAAACAGAAUAUAGGGCUCUUCAUUCUCAAAUAACAUCCUGGUACAUAUUCAGCAUCAGGCACUGAUCAUCCAUGGGUGGAUUUUACAUCACUGUCUGAAUUUAACACUGAACUGAACUGUGACACAGCACGUUCCACCUUCCUCUGAACACACACUGAAACAUGUUAGAUGCACCACUUUUUAUUUUAGAUAACACUGCUAAAUUAGAUGCACGUGACUUAUUCUGCCUCUGUUAAAUUGUGAUAAUUAUUUAUUGUCAUGAUUACAGGAAACGGACACAGAUCCAACACACCGGUAAAUUUUAACACUGGGAAUAAUGUUGCAAAGCUCACACUGUAGUUUUAAUGCAAUUUCACUGUCAGUCCUGCAAACAGAUGUCUGUCCUUUGCAGGAACUGCUAAUAAAACAGUUUCUU